CCAGACCCUUGGUGGAUGAGGAAUACAAGCACACAUAUUUCUGGUUGCAGGGUUUCUCAGGCUCGAGAUGCAAGAGGCCAGCAUCUCGCCUUCCCUAAUACCUUUCCGUGCCCUGCCUCGGUGUGCUUGGAUGCACAGCAGUGCCCGGUUUGCAGGACAGCUGCUCGGGAUUCGGUUCCCGUCCUGCGUCCGUCGCUGGGACGUGCUGGGGCCACGCUGCUCCCCGUCAGAUUCCCCUGCACGGGUGCCAGCGUUUAGUCACCUCUUCUAAAUAGUCACCUCUGUACUGGACAGCGUAGUGAUGAAACGUCAGAGCUGUGCUGAGCGUGCUCGCCCUUAGUAAACGCGAGCUGGCCCGCAGUCCUCCCCGAAUUUCCCACGAGAUUUUUGGGGGUUUUCUGUCCCUGCAAAGAUAGCCGCCUGCAGUUAUUUCCUGAACAGUUGCUUGAGAUUUCUUUCACGCCCGUAUAUUUAAGAAGCAUCAGUUUUUGUUUUGACUGGUACCGAGAUGCUGGGUUUGAACGCCUUCUGAGUGCUUUGCAGGCAGGGUGAGCUCCUUGGCAGUAAUUCUGACCAGCUGCAGACGUGCUCCCCGUCGCCGCAUUCCCUCGCACGCAGGUACGGGUGCACCCGUGCAUUAUUUCGAGCAGUGUGGCUGCAGGGGGUGCAGUGGCUUUGCGGGUACCUAACAGGUCCCAAACCCGACCUUUUUGCCCUGCUUUUUGGGAUGUGGCUGGCUUUCCUUCCAGCCCGGGCAGCUGUGAACCUUCCUGUCCCGUUACUUUGGGUGCGCACGCAUACAAGAAGGAAAACAUUCUGCAAGUGCUGGAAGUUGCCUCGUGUUGGCUCUGCAGGAGACCCCAACUCCGUUUUUCUGUAACGAGGCACCGAGGCCUCAGAAAUAUUCUACAAACGCAGCUACCAGCUUGUGUAUGGAUUAAAAUAAACUUAGUAACAAGAAUGUCGGAGUGUGUGCCAAGAACUUAGCUGCUUAAGAACCCUACUUAGAAAAGUGAGUAGGGUUUUACAUAUUAAGGAAUAUGUUUAUACCUGUGAGCACUUAAAUUCCUGGUUACGUUUCAUAUUUUUUUCCUCUUCGUGUAUUGAACGAACUGCUUAUUCCAUCCGAGCUACUUUUCUUUCUGGUAUUUCCCAACGUGUGCUGAAGAUUUCCGCAGAAAGCGAGCUGAUAUUCCAGGCCAUUAGCUGGCUCUUUGAUGAAAGGAUCACCAAAACCUGCACCUUUUGCGCUAAUACACCCUUGGAGGAAAUACCUUUCUGCCUAGCACUCAGAUCACGCUCUGCAGCAGAGGGAUCGAUGGUCUGUGUUAGCCAUUAGGCGCUUAAAAUACCCAAGCCUGACACCGACUAAUUUAAGUACUGAUAAACGAAGUCAUCAGGAUGCAGCGCUCCUGAAAGUCCUGCCGCUGUAGUAGUGGAGAAUGAGGUGGUGGCUAAAUGACAUCUGAAGAAACUCUUGGAGCUUGUUACCAGAGACCAUGUUCCUCUGAUCAUUAAAUCAUGCGCUGUUCAGCUGUGAAACAUCGUGGCAUGUGUUUUUGCUAACAGAAAACGUUGUCAAAUAUUGUUCUGCCUUUCUCCUACAAGAGUUUCUACCAGUGCUGUCAGAAGGUCAAGAAAAGUGCACUACCUGUGCUGCCCUAGGACUGUUGAUGUCCUCAGCUGUUGUAGGAAAAGCACCAGACCUGGAACCCAGUUUGUUACUGGUAAAAGUGAAACUCGUACACGUUCUGUGCCUUGUGGAAGGAGGAGCUCCAAGCCCAAUCUCACCUUACAGAGCGCCUUUAUAGAGGAAUUUAAAAAAUGCUGGAAUGUCUUGGGAGUGGAGACAUGGAAAGGACAUGGGGGAAGCAGAGAAAUGGGGACUUGUGGAAGAGGAAACACAAAGAUUUCCAAAUGAAUAACCGAAAGGAAGAUAUGGAGAUUGCUUCCCACUACCGGCAUCUGCUUCGUGAGCUCAAUGAGCAGAGACAGCACGGCAUCCUCUGUGAUGUUUGCAUUAUAGUGGAGGGGAAGAUAUUUAAGGCUCACAAAAACGUUCUGCUCGGGAGUAGUCGCUACUUCAAAACGCUGUACUGCCAGGUACAGAAAACCUCCGACCAGGCCACGGUCACCCACUUAGACAUUGUAACUGCACAAGGCUUUAAAGCAAUCAUUGACUUCAUGUACUCGGCACACCUCGCGCUGACCAGCAGGAACGUCAUCGAGGUGAUGUCAGCUGCCAGCUAUCUGCAGAUGACGGAUAUCGUACAAGCCUGUCACAACUUCAUAAAAGCAGCUCUUGACAUAAGCAUAAAGUCUGAUGCAUCGGACGACCUCAUCGAUUAUGAACUCGGAGCCCCUUCCAGCAGCAGCACGGAUGCUUUGAUUUCGGCGGUGGCGGCUGGCAGGAGUAUAUCGCCCUGGUUAGCCCGACGAACGAGUCCAGCCAACUCUUCUGGAGACUCAGCUAUCGCCAGCUGCCACGAAGGAGGGAGCAGUUACGGAAAAGAGGAUCAAGAACCAAAAACAGACAGCCAUGAAGACAUUUCAUCCCAGUCCCUUUGGUCUAGUGACAUGGGCUAUGGGUCUUUACGUAUCAAAGAGGAACAGGUUUCACCGUCACAUUACGGAGGGAGCGAACUCCAUUCUGCCAAGGAUAGUGCAAUACAGAACACUUUCUCGGAACAAGGAGUAGGGGAUGGCUGGCAGCCCACUGGGCGCAGAAAGAACAGGAAAAAUAAAGAAACUGUGCGUCACAUUACGCAGCAAGUGGAGGAUGACAGCAGGGCAAGUUCCCCAAUGCCGUCUUUUUUACCUGCCUCAGGAUGGCCGUACAGCAGUCGAGACCCAAGUGCCGACGUGGCCGUGACGGAGCCCAGCAGCUCCGACAGCCGAGUGGAGCGCUCGGACCCCUACGCCAACGUGGACGAGGCGCUGGUGGGCGGCGAGGCCAGCUACCUGUCGCAGCCCCUGACGCCGGACAAGGAGGACGCGCUUCAGGCCGCCACCGUCGCCAACCUGCGGGCCGCCCUGAUGAGUAAGAACAGCUUGCUGUCCCUGAAAGCCGACAUGCUGGGAGAGGACAGUUCGCUGCUGUUCGAGUACUUACCCAAAGGCACGCACUCUCUCUCUCGGCCUGGCACCAACUUGAAUCGUUCAAGGGGCGAAUGUGAUGGCAAAGUGGAAGCACCAUCUCCCCCGCUGCCUUCAUCACACCUUGCCACUCAGAGCCCCCCUGCGAUCUGCUGUUCUGGUGACAUGUCACCAGAAGCCAUGACAAAAGGAGAGAUGCCUUCCUCAGCCCAGGCCGCUUACGAUGGAUUUCUAGCACUUUGGCAGUUUAAUAACUCUGACACAGAUCCAUGUUUUUUGAGGUCUGAAGACAUGGACUUAACUAACGAUGGCCUGUUCCUAGAUUCAGCCCUAUCCAAGAGACUGACCUGUGGCUUCUGCAGGAGGGUUUUUGAGUGUGCCGAGAAGCUGAAGGAGCACAUCCACGAGCACGCUUUCUCCAUGAUCUUCCCGUUCGACUUGGCUGCCUGCGCCUGGCCUGGCCUCGCCGACGGGGUGCCUGCUGGCCAGCUCGCCCGCUUCCAGUGCUCCAAGUGCCCCGCGAGCUUCACGCUGAAGUCGAACAUGGAUCGGCACGAGAAGACGAUCCACUUCAACUUCAACGAGUUCACAGUGAUCAGGAAGAAAUUCAAGUGCCCAUACUGCAGUUUCUCCGCCAUGCACCAGUGCAUCCUGAAGAGACACAUGCGAUCCCACACGGGAGAAAGACCUUAUCCCUGCGAGAUCUGCGGGAAGAAGUUCACGCGCCGGGAGCACAUGAAGCGGCACACCUUGGUCCACAGCAAGGAUAAAAAAUACGUCUGCAAAGUGUGCAACCGAGUGUUCAUGUCCGCAGCCAGCGUGGGGAUCAAGCACGGCUCUCGCCGCCACGGGGUUUGUGCCGAUUGCUCGGGCCGGGGCAUCGCGGGUCACCUGGACCACAACGGCGGAGAAGGCUCCCCGGACGAGCUGUACCCCGGCGAAGGGCAGUACAUGGAAGACCCAGACGACAUCAAAGUGGAGGGAGACGAGGAGAUGGGAGACGACGACGACAUCAAGUGGAAAGACGACGUAGGAAUGCCGCAAGAUGACGUGAUUUUAGAUGAUGACAAAGACGUCGACUCUCCGCAGGAGCAGGAGAACUCUGGGGAGAACGACAAGGAUUUUACCUGGAUUUCUUAGGGAUUUUUUUUCAUUUCGUUCUGUUGUUUGUAGGGGGAGGGAGGGCGGGGGAGGAAGGAGUAUGUUGGAAAAACUGCGUAGCCUUGUCGUCGUCCAUGUGUGCAAAAUAAUUUCUGUGUUUUCUAAACGAGUCCUUCUCUGUUCCACUCAGAUACUGUGUUAGCGGUGUCGCUUCCAGUGACAUGACCGACUUCACCUUCCCCCUUCUCCCUUCACGAAGAAACCCGACCGUGUCCGCCUCCCCGGCAGAGCGAGCCAGGCUCGUGCAAGUGACUUACGGUGUCCAUAGGGGUGAGCGCUGAGCGGGGAGGAGCGGGCGACUCGCAGGCUGCGUGAAGCUUGUUUCCCCUGUACCUCUCCCACCCCGAACCCAACACCGGGGAGAGCUUGUGUCCGAAGCAGGUUUUUUGGUGGUGGUUGUUUUUUUUUUAACACCUUUUCUGUGUUACAAAAUCCUAGCGGCGGCGGAAUUGCGAACUAACGUUGUGGAAACAAAUCGAUGUACGUGUUUGAGGGCUUUCCCUAACGAUGCGGGCCUUUUUUGCAAAGUUAUUUAAAGAGUUUUUAUUAUUUUUUACGGAGCCAAAUAGAUCAAAAGGCAAGUCAGAUUGCAGCCUUACGAGUUCUCGUCAUACAAGUAGAUUCGUAGCUUCCAAAAGAAUCACCAUCAAAAAAGAUCAUGGCAUUUCUUGGACCUACUGGCACCUUACCCGUGUCCCGUCUUCCAGCCUUGCUUACCGCAUUCACCGAAAUGAGUGCUGGUGUUUCCACAGAACUCUUUGCUAUAAAGGGCACGGGUAAUUGUCUACCUGUCAUCGUCUCCCACAGAUAUUUUCACUUUUCUCCCUUUGCUCAGCUGCCUUUUUCAUGAAUAUAUGCAAACUGUAGUAAAAAAAAAAAACGAGGCAUUUAGCAAAGUGCAGGACAGACUGUGAAACAUAGGAAGCCAAGGUGAGGAAAUCCUAGGGCAGUGGAAAUCCUGCUGCUCCUGCCCAGCAGGCUUCAGCAGGGCCAGGGUUUCACCUGGGUGCGUUGCUCUUCCUUGCCAAGCUGAAAACUUCGAUUCAUCAUUGGUAGGUGUAAAGCCUAUCAAAUUCAUACAGGAAACCUUCAGUUUCAGCUGCACUGGUUUGAUGUAAAUUUGCAAAUAAAUUUUUUUCUUAACGAGAACCAGGUUUCUCUCCUAGCACGUCUCCUAAAAGGUUUUGUGGGUCUGCUCCAGGUAGUUGGAUUCUCCUUGUCCAUAUCGGCCACUGUUGCCUUCUUCCAACUACAAGGAAAUGACAACAACUAAGUGCAUUGGAAGUGUCUUGUUCCUGCGAGAAAGCUUGUUUUACCUUUCACCUCUUUGCUUCUGGUGCUUUUUUUUAACAAAAAAAAAAGAAAAGAAAAAAAAAAAAAGCUGAAGACCUCACUAUUUCCUUGCUGUGGAGCAAUUUUAUACAAUGUCUGUGAUGACGGUAUCUUGAAACCUGCCACAAAAGACAACCUGUUGCCAGAAAGCCAAAUGACUAAAAGGUGCUAUUUUUUUUUCCAGUGCUGGGAAAGGCAAUCUCUGUGGGGAGGGAAAAAGUUCUCGCAGGCGUGUUGUUCCUUAAUGAAAAGCAUGGUUCCCCCCAGCAAAGAAAAUAGAGUUUAUUGUACAAUAAACCCCGGGAAAGCAAACGAUCUUUCAGGAUUUAAGCUACUGAGCACCAGGGCUUGUUUUGGGGGAGCGUGGCAAGGUGGGAGCCUUGCUUCUGGCCCUGCAGUAGCUGCUUCUCCACUCGUCCCCGCCGCACGAGCCGCGUCCGGGGGUCGUGGGUUUUUUUGAGUCCCUUUCUCUGCAGCCAUCUCCCGUUCCCCGCAGAAGCUCGCUGCCUUCUCUCUGCGUUUCUUCCCCCUUCGUGCUGACGGUCGCCGUCACGGAGGAGCCUCCAGCACCUCCUGGCUGCCGGCUUU